AUGGUUGUUUUUGAAAGCGCAUCAGCCACCUGUAGCCCGACACUGGAUGUUAUUGAUAGUUUUCUAAGCUGGGAGUAUAGCGCUGUUGAACGUUUAGUUGGCAGAUUUCCAACUUUGUGUAUCGCGACUACGUCACUGGAAUUGAAUGAUCCGUUCCGAUUGCAUCUGGAUUUGGAAGUUGGAUUUAAUAACCAGAUAUUAGCCGAAUACGAGGCGUUUUACGUGUAUGAACACAUGCUAAACAGUGAAACAGCACCUCAGAAGUAUAACAGCAUCAAAGACGCAAUUGAGUUGGCUAUCGCUAAAGAGAUGCACGUUAGUCGACUUAUACAAGAACUGCAUUUGCGUGCCUCUCAGUUGAACGAUCCUCAGGCACAACACUUCCUAGAUGAUUUUCUAAUGGAACAAGUCGAGUCCACGUCCAAACUACGUGUGAUCCGAUCUCGUCUGUCGCUGGAUUCUAGUGCUCCAUUCCUUCUGGAUAAGGAAUUGCGUUGA